GGUGCUGUGAUACUAAUGCCUGUGCUGAUGAAGGUACUGUUGGUGGUGGCGCUCGGGUCGGUAUGGUCUCCGGAGAGUUGGGGACCAGGGGGAGUGCAGGCGGCGAACUGGGGUAGAAUAGCACCCGGUCAUUCUUUCUCAGUAGUGUACAAUAAUGGAAACGCAAAAUCCUACACCUACUCCACGAACCAUGCCUCCUCCGGUGCCUAUGCUGCCGCUAAAGUCCCAGCCAAGGCCCCAGCGCCAGCCGCCCUAACAGUACAGCAGACAGCAGCAGCAGCAGCCACGACAUGGAGAGGUGGGAACCAGUUCCGUGACUACAGGACCUACCUGCCGGUGGACUACACGCCCGAGGUUAAGAAGGCGAGGAAGUCAUUCUUCAACCUCUACGACAAGCAGGCCAGGAUGGCCGCGCUGGCACCAGAUGAUCCCGUUGAACCUGAAAAGACUCCCUCACCCCCUGCCAAGCCCGCCACUGCCAGAGUCUCCCGCCCUGUAGCCAAGCCAGCUGUCACCCGUGGGUCUUCUAGAGGUACCUCAACUACCGCCAAGACGGUGGUCGGACAAUAUGACUUCGAUAACUACGACUUCACUGACUUCGAGAAGGAAGAGGGUGAGGGUGAGGAAGAAGAAGAGGAGGAGGAGGAGGGUGAGGAAGAAGAGGGUGAAGAGGGUGAGGAGGAAGAAGGUGAAGAGGAAGAAGAAGAAGAGGAAGAGGAGGAAGAGGAGGAUGAGGAAGAUGAGGAUGAAGAAGAGGAAGACUCUGACGAGGAGGACGAGGAUGAGGAAGAAGACUCUGAUGAGGAGGAGGACUCUGAUGAGGAGGAGGACUCUGAUGAGGAAGAUGAAGAAGACUCUGAUGAGGAAGACUCUGAUGAAGAAGACUCCUCCUCCUCCUCCUCCUCAUCUGAAGAGGAUCCGUUCGGAGUGGAGGGCGACUCCUCUUCUUCUUCAUCUAGUGAGGAAGAUGAGGACGGAGAGGACUCAUCUUCAUCAGAGGAAUCAGGGGAAGGUGAGGAAGGCGAAGACUCCUCCUCAUCAUCUUCCUCGUCCUCGGAGGAAGACGAGGACGGUGAUGCUCGAAUGUUGGUGUGGGGACCUCGCGGGUGGACCAGGAAGAAGGUGGCAAAUGCAGCUGCCGUGCCCUCCAAACUCAACCUGCUCGCCCCCAAGCCUGUCACCGAGACCCCGGAGGUAAUGCGAGCCAGAAAGAGGUUCUUCGAAAUUUAUAAGAUCCAGGCAGAGCUCGCCCGUAACGCCCCUGACCACUGAUCUCGACUCAUCGACCUCCCUGUCCUCGCCGAGCUUACACGGACCUUACCGUCACGCCAAACGUUCACAUCUGCUCCAACUGUUUUAAAGAUACAUCAUUCGCUCCAACACAGCAUGAAAACACAACAACGGGACUUGUCUGUACUCCCGUGUCUCACCUGUAUUUGAUACCUGCUCUCUCGCAGCACCCUAUGUGUGUGUGUGUGUGUGUGUGUGUGUGUGUGUGUGUGUGUGUGUGUGUGUGUGUGUGUGUUUAAAAAAUAAUAUCUGAUCCUCUUUCAUGCCUGUCACACUGCGGUAGUUUGAAACAGGCGAAAAUACGAAUUAUUUUCUUCUAAAUACAGGGUAGCGUAUCGUCCUUACCAGUCUAACGAACCACGAGGGCGACGUGGCCGCGAGGGAGCAGCGAGGCGUGAGGACACCACGAGCCGAAUAGAAAUGUGAUAUGAUUAUAUUUUCGGAGACCAUAAAUGAAGCCAAAAGGUGGAGAGCACAAUAACCAGAUAAUAGUGGAGCUCAGGAAAUCCACUUCCGCUACUCCAUCAGAAAGUAAAAAUGCUUAGAGGUAAUAGGUACCAACAAAAAGCCUUAUUAGCUGGAUUACAUCAAUUAUCUAUAUAUUGGAAAGCAUCGGCGAGCUGGACAUACUCAACUAGUUCUCUAGAUCCUUCUAUACAUACAUAAAUAGAUUUUAUUAUUUUAUAUAAAUAAACUUAAUAUAAGUAGUGUAAAUGAUGCUCUUCGAGACGCUUCAUGUGAACGUCUCAGAGACUCAAACACUGAACCAAAUAGUACGUAAGUCAAGAUGAAGGUAUUAAGUGCCAGUUCUCCUCUUUCACCUCUUUCUCAGCCCCCUUCAUCAUUCCUCCCACUCUCUUUCCUCCUCUUCUUGUUUGUUUCCCGCUGCGUCCCCAUGCCAGGCACACAGCGGGCAUCGUCGCAGCGGGAAAUAAGACACGAGUCUGUAUAUCUCAAUAAAUCCUGUGCCAGACAA